UCCACAGAGACAAAACGGACACAUACAUAUACAUAAGUGAAAACGAAAGACUUUUACUCAGACCAAACCUCUCUCUUUCUCUUUCUCUCUCAGAACGGCACUCUCUUCCUCUGUCGUCGAGAGAGUUCUUCUCCAUUUCUCUAAUUCUCUAAUGGCUGCUGCUGCUUCUUCGUUUUCUUGUUCUUUCUUUUGUUUGUUGUUGUUAAUCUUAUCAAAUAUAUGUUACGGAUUCAGCACAUACGGGUUUCCUAUACAUCACCGGUAUUCGGAUCCAAUAAAGGGGAUUUUAGCGGUCGAUGACUUGCCGGAAAAAGGUAGUCCCCACUAUUAUGCUUCUUUGACUCACCGGGACAGAUUAAUCCAUGGCCGAAAACUGGCCGCUUCUGAUAAUUCCACGCCUCUUACUUUCUUUUCUGGGAAUGAAACUUAUCGGAUCAGUUCUCUUGGAUUUUUACAUUAUGCAAAUGUUUCAGUUGGGACACCAAGUUUAUCAUUUCUUGUAGCACUAGAUACUGGUAGUGAUCUUUUCUGGUUACCAUGUGAUUGUAAAAGUUGUGUCCAUGGCUUGCGAUCUUCAUCUGGAGAGGAGCUAGAGCUUAGUAUUUACAGUCCUAAUAAUUCAUCAACGAGCGAAAAUGUCCCCUGCAACAGCUCCUUGUGUUCAGCGCAAAGUCGAUGCGCCUCCUCUCAAAGUACUUGUCCUUAUCAGGUUUUAUACCUUUCUAAUGGCACUUCAUCAACUGGGUUUUUGGUAGAGGAUGUAUUACAUUUAACUACAGACGAUGCUCAAUCAAAAGCUCUUGAUCCAAAGAUUAAAUUUGGUUGUGGUCAAAUACAAACUGGUUCAUUUUUGGAUGGUGCAGCUCCCAAUGGCUUAUUUGGGCUUGGUAUGAGUAAUAUCUCUGUUCCUAGUACUUUAGCAAGAGAAGGGUAUACUUCAAAUUCAUUUUCCAUGUGUUUUGGACCUGAUGGAAUGGGGAGAAUCAGUUUUGGAGAUACAGGGAGCUCUGACCAAGGAGAAACUCCUUUCAACCUAAAGGAGCCACACCCAACUUACAAUAUUAGCAUCACAAAAAUAAAUGUGGAUGGAAAUGAUACUAAUCUCGAGUUUGCUGCAAUUUUCGAUUCCGGUACCUCUUUCACAUACCUCAAUGAUCCAGCCUAUUCAGUUAUAUCAGAGAGCUUCAAUAACAAGGCAAAAGACAGACGCUAUACAUCUGGUUCUGGUUCUGGAUUACCUUUUGAAUACUGUUAUGAGAUAGGCUCAAAUCAAACGGAUCUAGAGAUUCCAACGGUGAAUCUGGAGAUGAAAGGUGGUAGCCAAUUUAAUGUCACUGACCCAAUCGUGGUAGUUAAUCUUGGGGGGAAUGCUUACAUAUAUUGUCUAGGUCUUGUCAAAAGUGGAGAUGUAAAUAUCAUCGGACAAAAUUUCAUGACGGGUUAUCUUAUUGUUUUCAAUCGUGAAAGGAACGUGUUGGGUUGGAAGCCAUCAAACUGUUAUGAUGCUUUGAACACCAACACCUUCCCUAUCAACCCAUUAAGUCCUGCAGUGCCACCUGCUACUGCAGUCAAUCCAGAAGCCACAUCAGGAACCGGCAAUACUACUAAUAUAUCAGGAGCGACUUCACCUCCGGCAAAUCAUUCACCUCGGUUGAAACGUUUUACUUUCACAAUUAUAAUGGUUCUUAUUCCAUUCUUUAUCAUUGUUUGAUUCAUCCUUUUGUUAUCUUCUUGUUUUCAAUGCUUUUUCCAUAUCUAUGUAGUAUAUAUAUAUACACACAAAGAGGCAUUUCUUCCAGGUAUAGUUACACGGACGAAUCGGAAGCAUUGAUGGCUUCCUAUUUAAUUUUUGGUAUUGAUUAAUCUGAUUUGAUCCUGCAGUUGUAAAUAUGUUUAGAACAUAAGCAGAUACAAUUGAUGUUGUAGUGCUAAAUUUUGGUUAUCUAUUCUUGGAGUUGAUAUUUCUUUUUGUAGUUUGACUAUUAUACUUUGUAUUAAUCUAGUUUAAGACAGCUUUCAUUUUUAUUAA